GCGGGGCGGGGCCGGUCGGCGGGGGCGGGCUCGCCCGGGUCGUGGUCGCCGGCGUGUCUACUCGCGGCGGCCCAGAGCCCCGGCCAUGUACUGGCGCCGCGCAGCACGGGUGGGGAAGCGGUUUGUCCGGAGCGGGAGCAGGUCGGCGGGCCGCCUCCAGGGGGCAGCGGGAGUUUCGGCCUCUGGGAUGGGGAACAGCACAUCGUCAUCUUUGGGGAACACAGCAACUACUCCCAUGAAUCAGAUCCAAGAAAUCAUUUCUAAUAAUUGCGUGGUGAUUUUCUCCAGAACUUCUUGUUCUUACUGUACGAUGGCAAAAAAACUUUUUCACGACAUGAAUGUAAACUAUAAAGUGGUGGAAUUGGACAUGCUUGAACACGGAAGCCAGUUACAAGACGCUCUUCACGAAAUGACUGGUGAAAGAACUGUGCCAAGAAUAUUUGUUAAUGGAACUUUUAUUGGCGGUGCAACUGACACUCACAGGCUUCACAAAGAAGGGAAAUUGCUUCCACUAGUUCACCAGUGUUAUCUAAAAAAAAGUAAGAGGAAAGAAUUUUAGUGAUGUAGGUGCUCAUAACUUUGCUAAUAAAAUGUCACUAUAUAUUUAAAGAGAUAAUGCCUGAUAAUGCCUUUUAAAUAUUCGAGGGUAUUUUAAAUAUAUGAAUUCAUGAAAAAGUUGUAAAAAAUAGUGAAAAAUAAAUCACGCUGGAAACCUCUUAUUUGCCAGUUCUUGAGUAAAAUGGAUGAUAUUUAAAACUGAAGGAGUAGAGUUGUAUCAAAAGAUAAGGAAAGAAUGUGUUUCAUUCGGAAUUUAUAGAUGAAUUUUACAACCAAGAGCUAGAAAGUAAGCAUUUGGGACUCUUCUGUAUUGUAUUCAGAGGAGUUAAUGCCUUUUCUUUUCUAGCGUUCAGUGGUGAGCGCUGAUGGGUGUCUUCUCUGCAAAAUAAGGCUCUCACUGAUGCAGUUGUGAACUCGGUAGGGAUAUCCUUGUACUGUAUUGUGACAAGCCUUCACACUUUGUGC